AUGGAUAAUGCCACAGCUGCUGAUCCAAGGCCAACACUCACCCUGCAGCAAGCAACUGACCUGACACUGAAACUUUACGGAGUGACUACAGCUGAGAUCUCCACCCUGCCCAGUUAUUACGACCAGAACUUCUUCUUGGUGGACAAUGAGGGCACCAAGUAUGUCCUGAAGAUCAUGAAUUCAGAAGAGAGCAAGAAGGCCACCCUGCUGGAGGUGCAGACUUCUGCCAUGUCCUUUCUACACCAGCAUGGAGUUCCAGCCCAGACAGCCGUGCCCACCAGCUCAGGGCAGCUCAUGAGUAUGGAGAAAAUAGACUGUGGACAUGGUGCUCAGACUUACUGUGUGAGGUUGUUGACCUAUCUACCUGGAAAAACCGUUGCAGAAUCUCCAAUGACAACGCGAGAUCUUUAUCAUGUGGGCAAGUUGGUUGCCUCUAUGGAUAAGUCAUUGCAACAAAUGGUUUCGCCAAACCAGGACGUCUUCCAAAGAAAUGAUGUGGUUUGGAGUUUAUCCAACAUUCCGCUUAUAGAAAACUACAUAUCAGUGAUGGACGGAGAUCCCCUGCAGGACGUGAUCAAAGCAGUCAUUGAACAGUAUAAAUCACAGGUGCAGCCCAAACUCAGCUCUUUCCAAAAAGGAAUAAUACACGGGGACACAAAUGACCAGAACAUCAUUGUCACACCAGUAGGUAACGGGCAUCACAAUGUGUCUGGCAUGCUGGACUUUUCUCUUCUCAGUAAUGACUGCUAUGUAUUUGAAGUGGCAAUAACAAUCAUGUAUGCGAUGCUGGAGAACGCCAGGCCUCUGGAUGUGGGUGGAGCAGUGUUAGCAGGCUGGGAGAGCAUUAUGACGCUCAAUGAAGAUGAAAGGGAUUCCCUCUUCUUGCUGGUGCUCGGUCGUCUCUGCCAGUCUCUGGUUUAUGGCCGCUACAAUGCUCAAAAAAACCCAACAAAAAACAAAAAAUACAUCCUGAGUACGGCCAAGACUGGGUUUCGGCUUCUUGCUCAACUUUGGGAGCUAGGAAAGAAAGAAGUAGAAAGCAAAUGGUUCGCAGAUGCCAGCACAUUCUCGGACAAUUAA